GGAUUUGUUUGGAUCUUUUGGAUACACUCAUGGUGAUGAGAUGACGGCCACCGCAGACACUUAGUGGAUUUUUCCGGACUCUGCUUUCAAUUCUUUUCCUCGUUUUUUUAACCCAUGUCCUCCUUUGCUACGGAUGAAGUUUUUCUUUUUUGGGUUUUCCCUUUUAUUUGUUGUUCAAGGAGUGACUCAUCCCAGCUGUUCUAACGUUCCAGGAGAGAGGGAGAGAGGGAGAGGGAGAGAGAGAAGCAGAAAGGGGAGCAGCGUAAUAGAAAUCCACUCAUUAUAGAGGCUUGUGUGCGUUACGGUGUUUUUCCGUCAGAGAGAGGGAGCAUGUUCAUGUGAGAAGAGGGGGGUAGAGCUUGCUCGAGUAAAAUGAUGAAGGAUUUCUGCAAGUAGAAAAGUUGGUCAGGUUCGAUGGUGUGUAUCAGAGUGUGUUGGGUAGAGAAUUUCGUAGGAUGAGCCGUCUGUGAGGAGAUGCACACAUACACCCAUGCUGAGGUGCUGCUGACAGUCUGUCAAACAAACUUGUAGGAUUAAUAGGGAAGGAUUGCAGAAACAAAGGAUUAUUGAAAGAGUGAAAGAGAGGCAAAAAGGAGAAAAAGAAGAAGGAUGAGGUACAUUGGCAGGGAGGUGGAGGUGGAUGGAGGUGUGAGGUUGGUGAUGGAGAGCGCUCUGUCAGCGAGGGAUCGGGUGGGGGUGCAGGAUUUCCUGCUUCUGGACAACUACACGAGCGAAGCAGCUUUCAUCGAGAACCUGCGCCGGCGUUAUAAAGAGAACCUCAUAUACACGUAUAUCGGCUCCGUGCUGGUGUCGGUGAAUCCGUACAAAGAGCUCGGGAUCUACUCCAAACCAAACAUGGAGCGCUACAGAGGAGUCAGCUUCUAUGAGAUUUCACCUCACAUCUUCGGCUUGGCGGAUAACUCGUACCGUGCCCUGCGGACGGCGCGUAAGGAUCAGUGUAUCCUGAUCUCAGGAGAGAGCGGGGCUGGAAAAACUGAGGCAUCUAAAAAAAUCCUGCAGUAUUACACCACCACCUGCCCUACACGCGACAACACACACUCCAUCCGAGAGAGGCUGCUGCAAUCCAUCCCCGUGCUGGAGGCGUUUGGGAACGCCAAAACUCUGCGUAAUGACAAUUCCAGUCGCUUUGGCAAGUACAUGGAUGUGCAGUUUGACUACAAGGGUGCUCCUAUCGGCGGCCACAUCCUGAACUACCUUCUGGAGAAAUCUCGGGUGGUGCACCAAAACCAUGGAGAGAGGAACUUCCACAUCUUCUACCAGCUGCUGGAGUCAGGGGACAGCUCACUACUGAUGAGGCUGGGGCUGGACAUGACCAACCCACAGCACUACCGCUACCUGGUUAAGGGCAACUGUCCAAGGGUGAGUUCCAUCAACGAUAAGAACAGCUGGAAAGCCGUAACUAAAGGUCUUAGUGUCCUUGGCUUCAAUGAGGAGGAGGUGGAGGAGUUACUAAAGGUCAUUGCGAGUGUUCUGCAUUUGGGAAACACCCUGUUUGGAGAGGAUGAGUACGGGGAGACACACUUCACCACAGAGACUCAGCUCACAUACCUCACAGAGCUGCUGGGUGUGGAAGGGUCAGCUCUGAGUGAAGCUCUAACUCAUAAGAAGAUUGUUGCCAAAGGAGAGGAGAUGAUCGGCCCACUGACCCUCGAGCAGGCUCUCUCAGCUCGAGACGCCCUGGCCAAAGCCAUAUAUGGUCGUACCUUUACUUGGCUUGUCCAAAAGAUCAACCAAUCACUGGCCUUCCAGGAUGAAGUGUACUACACCAGCAAAUGCUCCUCGGUUAUCGGUCUCUUGGACAUCUACGGCUUUGAGGUUUUUCAGAACAACAGUUUUGAACAGUUCUGUAUCAAUUACUGCAACGAGAAGCUGCAACAGCUUUUCAUCGAGCUCACGCUGAAGAGCGAGCAAGAAGAGUACGAGGCAGAAGGCAUUGGGUGGGAGUCAGUGGAAUACUUCAACAACAAAAUCAUCUGUGACUUGGUGGAGGAGAAAUUCAAAGGCAUCAUCGCUAUUCUGGAUGAGGAGUGUUUAAGACCAGGAGAUGCCAGUGACAUCACCUUCCUGGAGAAGCUCGAGGACAGGUUGGGAGGCCACGCCCAUUUUGUGACUCAUAAACUGGCCAAUGGGAAGAUUCGCAAGGCUGUAGGGCGGGAGGAGUUUCGUCUGCUACACUAUGCCGGAGAGGUCAACUACAAUGUGAAUGGGUUCCUGGACAAAAAUAAUGACCUUCUGUACAGGAACCUAAAAGAGGUGAUGUGCCAGUCGGAGAAUUCGAUAGUAAAGCAGUGUUUCCAUCCAGAUGAACUGACAGACCAGAGGAGACCAGAGACAGCUGCUACCCAGUUUAAGUUGAGCUUGGCCAAGCUAAUGGAGAUCCUGAUGUCCAAGGAGCCGUCAUACAUCCGCUGCAUCAAACCCAAUGAUGCCAAACAACCAGGAAGGUUUGAGGAGGUGUUGGUCAGACACCAGGUGAAGUACUUGGGCUUAAUGGAGAAUCUGAGAGUAAGAAGAGCUGGAUUUGCGUACAGACGAAGUUUCGAGGCUUUCCUACAGAGGUAUAAGCCUCUGUGUCCAGACACUUGGCCAAACUGGCAGGGAAAACUAUCAGAUGGUGUCUCUACCCUAGUCAAACACCUGGACUACAAACCGGAGGAGUACAAACUGGGAAGGUCCAAAAUCUUCAUUCGUUUCCCAAAAACACUCUUCCGGACCGAGGACGCUCUGGAAAUCAAGAAACCAACCAUCGCUAUCAUAUUACAGAAAUGCUGGAGAGGCUACAGGGAAUGGGCCAAAUACCAACGCAUCAGACACGCAACGAUCACGAUCCAAUCAUGGUGGAGAGGGGUCAAAGGGCGCAGGAUAGCCAAGCGCCGCAGACAAGCUGUAGACACCAUCCGAACGUUUAUAAAAGGUUUCAUUCUGAGGCACGAGCCCCGCUGUCCUGAUAACGAGUACUUCCUGGACCAUGUGCGCUUUUCGUAUUUGAUGACUAUCAAACGAAACCUGCCAAAGAGUGUUUUGGAAAGGACUUGGCCUGUACCACCACCAUCACUCGAAGAGGCCUCGGUGUACAUCCACCGUCUGUGUAUACGCAACCUGGUGAAUGACUACUGCAGGAAAAUCCAACCCGAGUGGAAGAACCAGUUGGAGCAGAAGGUUGUAGCCAGUGGUAUUUUUAGUUGUCAGAAAGACAACUACCCUCGAAGUGUCCCUCGGCUUUUUGUGGGCACCAGGCUGGAGAAUGAAGAGAUCAAUCUCAAAGUGCGACAAACUCUCGGAAGUGAAAACAAAGUGAAGUAUGGUGUGCCAGUCAUCAAGUACGAUCGGCAUGGAUUCCGUGCCAGGCCGCGGCAGCUGCUGAUGACCGGCUCUUCUGUGGUUCUUGUUCAGGAGUCCAAAAUCAAGCAGCGCAUUGACUACAGUUCACUGCUGGGCAUCUCAGUCAGUUCCCUCAGUGAUGGCUUUUUUGUCCUGCACGUGCCCACUGCUGACAGCAAGCAGAAGGGCGACCUGGUGCUGCAAAGUGACCACGUGAUCGAGGCCGUCACCAAACUAGCCAUCCUGUCGGACAAGAUACACAACGUCAAUGUCAGUCAGGACAGUAUUAGGUUUGCAAUAGCCCGGGGCAAAGAGGGCAUCAUUGACUUCACCUGUGGGGCAGAGCUACGAGUGGUCAAGGCCAAGAAUGGACACCUGUCUGUGACGGCCCCACGAAUCAACAGCAGCGUAUGAUCGCGUGUUGACCACGGUGGACCAAUCACUCACUGAAGAAUAAUCCGCUUAUGCCAAUCGCCACACAAUCGCCACACUUUAUAAUAGACUGUCAUGCUGAAGUGAAAGUUAAGCUCAUGUUUUGUUUUGAUAGUUCAUUCCAGAUGAGCGCCACUAACUUUUAAACCUUUUUUUAUUGUUUGAUUUGAUUUUCACAGUAAAAGCAUUUAGCAGCCAGACUAAUGAAAUGAAUUCUGCACCAGUUAUGAUGAUUGUUUUAGUUCAUUCAGACUUUUAACCUUUUUUAAUGAUUCUCUAUGACUUUUGCACACUUUGGAAAUAUCGUGAAAAUUUACGAUAUGGGGUUUUGCUUUAAUUAGUUUGAAAAUCUUGCACUUUCUUUAAUGUCUUCAGUGGAGUACAGAGGAUUAGCCUUAGGACAUCUGUUACUGUCUUAUUCCGAUUCAGUAAACCACAAUUCACUUCCUGUUUUAA